AUGCGUUUCACCAUCUCCGCCGCUGCCUUCCUGGCCUUCGCCGCCAACGUCCUGGCCCAGAACCCCAACUUCGACCCCGUCACCAAGCCUCUCUCCCAGGAGAAGAUCGCUGCCGGCUCUACCUACACCAUCGAGUGGACUGCCCCCGAUGCCUUCAAGGACGUUACCGUCUCCAUCAGCCUGAUCGGUGGUGCUACCCAGAACACCCAGGUUCCUCUCCUCGACAUUGCCUCCGGUGUCGCCAACUCCGCCGGCAAGUACUCCUGGACCAUCCCCAGCACUCUCGGCAAGGACGCCUUCUACGGCCUCGUCAUCAAGUCCGAGUCCAACGCCGCCGACUUCCAGUACUCCAACCCCUUCCACAUCACCGCUAGCGACUCCAGCUCCGGCACCACCACCCUGGUCUCCAGCGCUGGCACCGCGACCGUCACCCUGUCCGCCGCCUCCGUCUCUGCGACCCCCUCGGCCUCUGCCUCUGUCUCUGCUGCGGCCUCCGCCUCUUCCUCCGCCCCUGUUGUCAUUGCCAACACCAGCACCGCUCUGUCCACCACCGCUGUCCCCACCCCGGUCAACUCUGCUCCCGCUACCGUCGUCACCAGCGUCACCAAGCCCGCUGGCAACGGCACCUCCACUGCCACCAAGACCCCCUCCACCACUCUGGCCACCGUCACUGGCGUCGCCGGAGGUGCCCAGGCUACCGCCGGUGUCUUCGCCGUCCUCGGUGGUCUUGCCGUUGCUGCCCUCCUCUAA